GAGCGCAGAGCGCAUGCGUAGGAACGGCGCGGUGAAGGGCAUUAGAAGCGAAUGAGACAUUAGUGAAACGUUGGGAUCGCAGUGUGUUUUAACGGUAACACGGUUCAGUGUGAGCGCUGCAGGUCGGGUGUACUGGGCCCAGGCGGGGUUUAAGCAGUGUCUCGCAGGGCUGCAGUCCUCGCCGUAACAUCCCCAUCAGCAGGCUUAGAGUGGACUGCAGAAGAACUGGAACAAAGGAUAGAUUUUCACUGGAUGGAAAAAUAGUCCUUUCUAUCGAUUUGCUUGAUUAUGCCAGUUCACUGAUAAUAUAAACCAUUGAAGUUCCCCAGCACCCUGACCUGAAUGGCUGUGUGCAGAGGGGGUGUCUCCCUUUGGGUGGGUUGCAUUAGAAGCCAUGGAGGAAGGCAGCACUUAAGGAAGCAGAGCUGGAGUGUAUGGCAGCCAGUUGACUCACACUUGAAUGACCCCUGUAGAGUCCUCAGCAGCGCAUCUUGGGCUUUGGCACCCCCGAACAGUCUACGUUAUCAAUCUGUUAAGAAAACGUCCCUUUCUCAUCCCUUCCACCAUGCCUGCCAGCCACGCAGCGACAGAGCACACAGGCUAGAAGGAGAAUUUGAGGAGACCCUUAGCCUCUGUGUGCUUUUCAAACCCAACGAGACAGAUGAGCAGCACACCCUGGUUGAGGUGCCCCUGUUUGGCCAAGUUAAGUUGGGAGAUUACCUGAAUUUGCAAACCAGCAAGCCUACUGACUUUGUUUUCCCAUUAACAACUGUUGACGGGAGGAGAGAAGAUGACAUUAGCAUUAUCGGAGUGCCUUGGACUGAGAAAGGGUUCGAGCAGAGGGCGAGAGGCUCGUUCAGGAGUUUGUUUGAGACUGAAGGAUGUCCAGCUCCGUUCAUUUUGGGCUCUCAUUUUUAUUGCUUUCACUGUCCUCCAAUGGAGCCUGUGCAUGUGGCUGGAGAUAGGUUGAGGAUUGAACAUGAAGAGCAAGCCUGCUCUCUAAUAUCCUCUACCUCUCUGUGCAGUCAUGCAGAGACAGAAGGUAUGGACAGAGUUCCCAGUGAGAGAGACAUGGAAAAUGAGGAAAAACUCUCUCUUAUGUGUGAAAGACUUAGAAAUGAGCUUCCUCGAUUUUUUGUAAAGAACCACGACUACAGUAUGUAUUCCAAUGACCUUGAAUUUCUCAAUGGUCUGCUCAACACCAAGACAAGAGGUCGUGUAGCGUACCAGCUGUUCCUCUCACUCUGGCGGUUGCUGUGUCUGUGCUAUUAUGCGGAGGCGCGGAUAGAGGUGCUGAAGCUAACGAAGCACCCAGAGGACAACUCUAUCAAAGCACGCUGGAGGAUCAAUGGUCUGCCCUUCCACACGCUAUUGCUCCGCUUUUACAAAAGGGAUAAGACCCAGCUUUACAGGACCUAUGAUGCAUUCUCUACCUUCUAUUUGGGCUCUGAUGGACUAAUACAUUGUCAUAAAGUGGAAAAGGUAAUGCAAGCUCAGCCUCCUGUGCUCCCCAAAGUGACUUCACUGCUGGCAGGGGUCCUGGUGGCCCUGGGUGUUCAGGAGCACCGACCUGCCCUUAAUCUGCUUCCACUAUUCCUCUCCUCCUUCAAACAGGGCCGAGACUGAGGAACAUUGCACAGGAAGAGCUGUGUGUGAAUGUGUGUGGGUAUGGGAGCAUGUAUUUCUGGUGUCAAAGAGAGAGAGAGAGAGAGAGAGAGAGAGAAAGCGAGAGCAAAUCAUAAAUUUAGUCAGGAAAAAGAACAUAAGGUGAGGCUCACAGCCAAGGAUAAGAAGAUUAAUGUUUACAGCUUUAAUGAAAUAGGAGGCUACACCAUAUCAUUGUCUACUCUUUCCUGUUUAACAUUAUUUAAAGAGAUACUGUGCUGUUUCAACCCAAAGUUCUGUAGUAGCAGCAUGCCAGCCAGUCCGCAGAAAGAUCAUCAGUUUGAAGUUUCCAGCAGUGGCCAUGUGUGACAUUUCUCUUGCCCCACUUUCUUUUGUUCUGUUUAAUGGAAAGUUGAAACACAACCAUGUACUUCUAGAAUGUUUUCAGUUCAGGAAGAUGAAUGCAGGCAUUGAGGGUUUACAUGCAUCCUUUAUGAGAGUCAGCUGACAACAAGCACACACAUUUUAAACACACUGUGUUACACUGUAAUAAAUGCUUAUGGGGAGAGAUAAAGCACAUUAACACAAGCUUGCCAGAACAAUUAGUUGCAUACAGUACUGUGCAGAAUCUUUGAUCCCAUCCCACCUGGUCAUUUCAUCCAAAUUAAGUAAUAGGAUGGUAUAUGGAAUAGGCCAAAACACAUACAAAAGUGUAAACACAACCAAAACAAACAGCAAAAAAAUUGGAUUGCCAAAUUACUGCAUGAGAUGGUCUAAGAUGUAUUUAAGCUAUAAUAAAGCAAUGUAAACACAUCAUGUCUCAAAUCAUGCACAAAUUAAGAUACUGAAAGUGACCAGGUGUGAGAACAGGAUCUUGGGUACCUAUAAAAAGUCCUUUCUCUACAAACAAAACAAAUAAAAAUAAAUAUAAAAGUAGUUCAACCAUUUACAAACAUUUCCAUGUGGCAGCCAGGUAUUACGUGUAGUUAUUACCUUGUCAUCAAUUGGCUGGUUCAGGUAAUUAAUACUUUAUUUUAAGUUAGACCUGGAGUGCUGCUGGAGGUGAAUUUAAAGAAACUAUGCAAUGUCUGAGAGUGCAAUGAAGAGAAAUCUGGAGCCAGGCCUUGAUUCUUGUUACUUAUUACUACAUUUAUGGCUAAUUGUAAUCUGUAUGUGUAAUAUAGUAUCAUGCAAUUCUACACACACUACCCAGUUAAAUGAUUUUGCGUAGGUGCCUAAAACCUUUGCACAGUUCUGUAUGUAUGCAUCAUCAGCUUAGUCUAUAUCUUUUACAUCUUCCUAACCUGUAACAAGCCUUGUGGAAUGAAAAUUUAGGGGUCCAGGAGCAAAUCAGAUCGAUAAUUAGAGCAGUACAGAAGCAUGAAUUAUUUACUCUCUUUCUCCUUUGCGUGUGGGGCAUGCCACCAGUCAGGCAUGUCCUUUAAUUCCACAUUUAUAUCCUUGCAGCAGCGCUGAAAUGACUGACAGGAGGAUUGCUCCAAAAUGCACAUAGAACAACACAUUGUGAUGAGAAAAUCUAGUUCACUCACUCCAGUUCAGCUAUGGAAAUGUGUGCUUUGGGGUGAAAUUCACCUGUUUAACAGUUAAGACUGGUUUGAUUUACAGUAAGAAAGAAAAGCUCAGGUUCAUUUGUUAUGUUUAGCAAAGCUGAACUGUCUGCAUUGACAUUUGUUGCACAUUUAAUUAACAUAAAAAAACAGUUAUAUAUGAGCCAAUUCCUUUUCAGCGCACAAACCAGUCGUGUGAUUUCAGCUGUGGUUCAAGUACAAAUGUAAUAUAUAGACUAGUACCUGUACAUUUAAAUGGCCCUGCUAUAAAGACCUGCUGUACAUAGCCUGAAGUAUUUCUGUUCUUUUGAUCUCUUACAGUAAUUGUUUUAGAUUAGUUCAGAUAGGGGUUUAAGUUCCACAGUUCAAAGACAGAAGGUGAGGGCUUGUGGGUCUUAUUACAGUGUAAUGGCUCAGUUAUGCCUUUAUAGUGCUUUAUAACACUGUUGAUGUCAGCCCCUAGUAACCCCUUUCUGUUUUCUGUUCAUAUUUGUCACCAGUUCUUCUUAACAGAUGCCUUGGUACAGAUUUAUCAACCCAGAGAGAAUGCAGUCAAGACUUUGAUUCUUGAAAAGUAACACAAUAUGUGAUGCCAAAGUAGCCUGUGAGUUUGGCGGGGUUUAAACCCCAGUCAGGACAAGAAGUGGCUACCUUUACCCUAACCUAAUUGGUUCUGUCUUAUGUUAAACCAUCAUUAAUGAUUCACAAUCCAAGAUACAUCAUCCAGCAAGGCAUAUAAUAUCUAAACAUAUCCUUUAACUCUAUGAAACGGACAAAAGAAACUAUGUUGUUUUAUCUCUAUUGUUUUAAAAGAAAUAAUCAAAAUGUCCCUUUAUUGUUUUGUUGAAAGUCGUAAUUUUGUUAAAGAGAAGAAAACAUCCAUGGCUGUCUAGUUCAUCAUUUCAUUGACUACAUCCUACUGCUUGGACAUUUUCUUUGGCAAUAAGGCAUUAAAAGCUGUUUCACAGUCUGCUCUAUAGAUAAACCAGAUGAUGUCACAUACAGAUAAAUAAGAAAAAAGAUGUUCUGCUGAAUCCUUGGUCUGGUGCCAUGAUGUUUAUUUAUUUGCUGUCAGUAACUCAAAUUCUGGUAUGAACAUGUGUGUGAGUAAUAAAGUAUACACAGAUACUGUUUA